AUGAAGAUUUUUGUUGUCUUUGUCCAGCUCUUGCUAUGGGCCGUAUCCACAAAUGCGCUGUUUAUCUGGGAGCCAUGCCGAGUCGAUGGUAGCUGUGGGGACGAAGCCGAGGCCGGAAAACGAUCAACAGUCGAUUCUGGAGACGAGGUGAAGAGGUCGCCUGUUACCGCUGGCAUUCAUCGGGUAACCGAAAGAAAGGUCGAGGAUGCAACCGAGGAGGAUGUUCUUCGUGAGGCCCAGUGGCUGUCGAGAAAAUAUGUCCGACACCGACCGACUCGGCUCCCGGCACGGGUAGCCAACAAGCGAGACAACCAGUACGCCGUCGUGGAACCGAAGAAGCCCGAACUUUCGAACGCCGUCGGUAUCUACCAGGAUGGGAAAGAUUAUGCGUACUUCGUCAAGGUCCAGCUAGGCUCGACGAAGGAGCCCAUGUACAUGCUUCUCGACACGGGUGCGGGUACGACCUGGGUCAUGGGCUCGGAUUGCACGGCGGACCCCUGCACGUUGCACGAUACCUUCGACCUGUCCAAGUCAACCACGGCAAAGGGCCUCGACUCGAAUUUCUCCGUCAACUACGGCUCUGGAUCCGUAACCGGCCCCAGCGUCGAGGAUUCGAUCCACCUCGGCGACUUCGAUAUCACCAUGAAGUUCGGCGUUGCUGAUCACACGUCCGAUGAUUUUAAGCAUUUUCCUUUUGACGGCAUUCUCGGCAUGUCCAUGACAGAGACGAAGACGGAGACAUUUGCUGUCAAGCUCAAGGAAUCGGGGAAGCUCAAGUCGAACGUAUUUUCCGUCUACCUGAACCGCGGAUCCUCCGGACAGAACGAGGGCGAGCUCACUUUGGGUGGAAUAAAUGAGAAGAAAUACACCGGCGAAAUCAGUUACACCAACGUUCCACAGAAGACCACGACCGAUUGGGCAAUCCCGCUCGACGACCUGGGCGCUGGCGAUAAGACGCUAGGGAUCAAGGGCCGCUUGGGCUACAUCGACACCGGAACUUCCUUCAUUUUCGGACCGCCAGAGGAUGCGAAGGCUCUCCACGGUCUCAUCCAGGGAGCAUCGAGUUCGGAUGGCGUGAACUGGAAGGUUCCUUGCGACACAACUCAGUCCAUCACGUUUACCUUUUCCGGCAAGAGCUACAAUGUACAACCCGCAGAUUGGAUUAGUGGUCCACCCGAGAAUGGCCUGUGUAAGAGCAACAUUUACGGUCAUGAGGUUGUCCCCAAUAGCUGGCUUCUCGGGGCCGUCUUCCUGAAGAACGUCUAUGCCGUCUUUGACAUGGACCAACUGAAGAUUGGGUUCGGUUCUCGAUCCGCUGAAGCUCCCGCGCCGCCGCCAAGUAGCUCGACCGAAAACAACCAGGCAACGACAGUGUCUCCCGCUUCAGUCUCGACAACAGGCGUACCACCCAUGGGUGUAGGCGGUCCCGAGACUUCGCGAGCGGGCGGUUCUUCGGGCGGUGCGGAGGAAGCUGCAGCUACCGCCGAGUCUCCCAACUCAUCAUCGGAGUCUAGCCAGGCUGGAUUACUGUCCUGGCGGUUACCUCACAAUUACCUGUGGAUGAUUGUACUAGCUGUCUCCGCAUUCGCUCAUGUGCUGUAA